CAUAUUCCUUCUUGUCUAACCUAGAUAUAAAUAAGUUUUACCAGAAUGAUCUCUGUCUCCCAACCCCAACCAGAUUGAUUUUACCGAUCUAACAACAGUUUAGAUAUCCCAACCCCAACCAGAUUGAUUUUACCAGAUCUAUCAACAGUUUCGAUAAGCGAUUCCCCGUCUCCGACCCAGAUCUACCUCUAUCUGAACCCCUCUAUCGAUAAGUGAUUCCCUGUCUCCGAACCAGAUCUACCUCUGUCCGAACCAUGGCAUUCAGAGAAUUUUUAAAGGAAGUAGAAGUUGCCUUUCACGAUGACAGCGAAAAGUAUGAUCAAUUCCGCAAACUCUGGGUAGAUAUGAAAUAUAGAAAAAUUCCUUUUAGUGUUUUCAAAGCAAAAUUCAAGCCCUUGUUUGAAGGGCAUAAAUAUUUAGUUUUGGAAUUCAACCAACUUGUGAGAAGCGAACAUAGAAUAGAGUGUAAAGAUGCAUCAGAGUUUUUUCAAGCAGUAAAAGUUGUUUUAAAAGAUGAUGAUUAUCAAGAUUUUAUUCAAGUUUUUCAAGAUUACAGGACAAGGAAGAUUGAUGAAAGGUGUAUUUUGGCAAGACUGAAGGUGCUGCUUAGAGGCCAUGCUUAUUUAAUCAGCCAGAUGAACACCUUAGUUCAUCCUCGGUUUCAUCUCACACUUCCUUGUUGGGAUCAACUUCACUGGGAUCUACUUUCUGUUAUUUCACAAAAACUCGAUUUUGACGACCUCUUUCAAUUUUCUCGUGUCUGCACCAAUUGGAGACUUUUUCAUAAAUCAAUAGAUAAAUCAAAUUUCUUGACAUCCCAAGAACCACUACUUCUUGAGUUUUUUAAGUCUCCUGUUAAUGUUAAGUUACCAUAUUCCUUUACUAGCCUACCCAAUCAAAAAGUUUAUCCCUUGAAAACGAUGAUGAUGAAAAUGUUGAGUUACUCCGAUGAUGGCUCCUUCCCUAUCUAUGUUACCUGUUCUAGUGGAUAUUUUGUCAUUAUAGCGGACAAUUCUUCCAUUCUGCUCAUCAAUCCGUUUACACAAAUAAAGAAGAAGGUAAGCUGUCCUUCCACGUUUAAGUCUAAAUUCUGCCCUCAACAUCAUUACCGUGCAUUACUUGCUUUUGACAAAUGCUCCGAGGAGGAAUUUGUUUUGGUAUUUUUAUUCGAUUACUCCAACAGUCUGUAUGUCUAUCAAUCUCGACAUAAUGGUUGGGUUACUUCUUCCAUUAGCUUCUACCCUAAUGAGGACCCUAACAAGAACCCUAAUGAUGUCGAUGAUGGUUUUAUCAACCUUUUUGUUGACUUUGUGGCUUUGAACAAUAUAAUAUAUGUUCUUACUUUGGAGGCCAGGAUAGGGGUACUCUGUUUGAAUUCGAAUUAUGCAAAUAUUGAAUAUCUAAGUAUGGUGAAUACCCCCGAAUUCGAAUUACCAUUUGAAUUAGAGUUAGAGAGAUCAUCCUUUAACUUGGUUACAUGUGAUGGACAACUUUUACUAGUUCGAUUAAAUCCUGAUCUUAAACGUGGUCCUCCGCCAGAUAAAAAAGUUUACAAGAUAGACUUCUCAACCAUGACUUAUGUCGAACUCGAAACCUUGGGGGACAUUGCAUUAUUUUAUGUUUGUUUGGAAAGCUGUAAGGCAUUGAGCAACCCGAAUAGAUGGGGUUAUGAGAGCAACUCUGUGUAUCAAGUUUGUAGUCAUGGCUGCACCAAAACUUGUACCGUUAAUAAUUGGGAUACAAAAUCCAACAAAUACAUUGCCCCUCCAAAUCCUGAAACAAAUGGCACUAUCUUUAAAUGGUAUUUUAGACAACCAGAAUGAAUUAGAUGGUUCUCUUUAAUUGAUCGGUUUUUUCUUUUCUUGUAAAAUAAAUAUUAUCAAGUAUAUUUAUAUUUAUUCCUAUUCUCUUGUUAGGUAUUUCUCCAAUUUUAUUAACUUUGCUAUUUAUAUUCUUACUCCUUAAACGUAUUAUUGGGUUUGUUUUUUAUUUUGUAUUCAUGAUAAUAAAAUUAUUCUCUAUUUGAUUGAAUUGAAUAAGUAAAUCUAUUGUUUUUUUUAUUUAUUUAUCAAUUGUUAAAUGUUAUGAAAUAGAGUGAAAUUUUAUUUUUAAUCCCAUAAUUAAGCUCCUAAAAUAACUAACAAUCAUAGAAUAUAAUAAAUAAAGAUGAGUAUUUUGGCAAGUUUUUCAAGUGUCAACUUUUUAGAAAUCUUGCUAUUUUAACAUAUUAUUAUGAACAGUCUUUACUCACGUAUAAUCUAACAAGAUUGUUCAUAUUCUAUAUUCUUCUUUCCUAAGUCAUCUGUUUCGAAUUGUAAACUUUACAAAUUAGCUUGUGUAGAAGCAUAUAAUCUUGUAAACAAAAUUGUUAUUCAAACUGUUGUUUGAUUUUUCCUUAAGGGACCAGGUUGGUCAAAAACCUUAAGAAGUCGAAGACCGGUGUGUCCAUAUAUUUUGUUUGUUGGCUUUUGUGGUUUUGUAUUGUUAUUAAUUUUUUGUUAUGUUUUGUGUUUUGUAUUUAGAAUUGUUUUUUUUGGGUGUUUGAGAAGUUAAAUCUGAGGCACCGGAUACAGCGCCUGCUAAAAAUGGAUCAAGCUUUAAUCAGCUUCUUGGUAUUAAAGGAGCUUCUCAAGAAUCAGAAAUUUCCAUUGGGACUUUGAGGAUGUUGCUAAAUCAAUUUUGUGCAUGAUUAUGUCUGGUCCAUUCAUUACAGGAUAUACACAGACUCGGAAUGAUUGGUAUGACCGAGAAAUCAAUGCAAUAAAUGAACCUUAUAGACCAAUUCCUUCUGGUGCAAUAUCUGAGAACGAGGUAAUCACUCAAAUAUGGGUGCUGCUACUAGUAGGUCUUACUUCGGCGGGUAUAUUGGAUAUAUAGGUCGGUACUGCAUAUAAAAAUUACAGGAUCCGUCUCUUCUUAAUGCAAAUGAUCAGAAACUCGGUUGCAAAAUUCUUCUCCUUAACAGGCAGGGCAUGAUUCCCCUAUACUUUUUUACCUUGCGUUGGAUGGAUCCCUGCGGUCGUAUAUACAUUCUGCACCUCCUUUAAAGCUAAAACAAAACGGAUGGAUCGGAAACUUUGCCCUUGGAGCAAGUUACAUUAGUUUGCCAUGGUGUGGUAUCUUCUACUUCGAUAAUUAUUUGCUAUAUGUUUAAGCUGUUAUUAUCCUUGUUACGGUGUUAUCGAAUAUUGGCCAUGAAGGCGCCAUGGUGGAUAUUAGUGGCGGGUUUUUCCGCCAUAGUCUACUAUGAUGGCGCCUCAAAGCGCCUGGUAUGGCGGGAUUUUGGCUCUUUGCCUUGGACCGUAAUCUACGAUUGACAACACUGGCUUGUUUUGAACAUUUGGUUUUUGUUGAUUCAUUGAUUUCAUUUACAAUUAGGUGGGCUGGUCAAGCUUUGUUUGGGACUCUUACACCAGACAUUAUUGUUCUCACACUCCUUUACAGCAUAGCUGGCUUGGGAAUUGCCAUAGUUAAUGAUUUCAAAAGUGUUGAAGGAGAUAGAGCUCUAGGACUUCAGUCUCUUCCUGUCGCUUUUGGCGAGGAAACUGCAAAGUGGAUAUGCGUUGGCGCUAUCGACAUUACACAAUUAUCUAUCGCUGGAUAUCUACUCAGGGCUGGUAAACCAUAUUACGCAUUGGCUAUACUUGCCUUAAUAGUUCCACAAGUCGUAUUUCAGUUAUCGUCUUGUGCCUUGCAAUUCAAGUAUUUCCUCAAGGAUCCUGUGAAAUACGAUGCUAAAUAUCAGGCUAGUGCGCAACUGUUUUUGGUUCUUGGUCUGUUGGUUACUGCUCUAGCAACAAGCCAUUGAUAAAAAUAUGUUGAAGUUGAAGGGAGAGUCACACCAGUUAGAAGGAACUUAACAAAUUUGUGGCUUUUGUUAGUUACUUACAUUGAAGAUGUGUGCCAUAGUUUUUGUUUGUCACCCUGCAUACAGGGUUAUUAUCAAGGCUUAUACUCAUUUAACUUUUCUGUUUUUUCCUCUUAAUUUUUGUUUUGUUCUUGUAUCUUCUCUUAUCCACUUAAAUUUUUGAUGAUUUCUAAGUUAAGGUUGAGCAAAGUAUAUUUUUAGGAAGCCUUUAAAUAAGAAUAAUUGUACAAAAUGUAUUCCAGACAUAUUCACAUAUACAAUUCUGAAUUCCCUUUCAUGGUUUCUUCA